GUCACUGCCUGUCACUGCAGUGUUGACUUCAAUGGUGCCAGGCGCUACAGAAUUGUCGCGAAUUAAACGUUCUGCUGGUCUCGUACCUGAAACGUUUAAAAGGAGGUGUACUUGGAGUCUGGCCGAAUAAUUUGAAGAAGACUAGCAGCGUUUGGGCAGCGUUGAACGUCAGCUUGACAUUAGCCUGGUAUUACUAGUAUACCGUCUCCGAUGCACACCGUGAGGGAACAAACAACGCUUCUCAUUCGCGCCUUUGUAGUGUCUCUUGCAUCUCGCUUCGUAAGGUGUUUCUCAGCGGCAAAGCACGACAAUUGUUUCUGCUCUGGUUUGCUCCUUGGCCCUGAUAACAAGUCUCAGAAAACCCCGUUCAAUGUUCAUUGCGAUCUCUCAGUCCCACCUUCUUCCACUUCGCUGGCUCGUGGAGCACGUCAUAUUGUUCGUCAUCAUCGACUCAUCCUCAUAUUGGCUGAUGCGGUGGAUUUUAGGAUCCUGCGGUCUUUCGUCUACAUAUGUGAAGUAGUUGUCUGCGCUGGACUGCGCGUCCCAUGAAUUCAUGGAGAUGAAAACAGCGGUACAAGACGAAUAUAACUAGUGACGAUAUAUGGUCGAACCUGCAGUCAUCUUCUUCACUACCAUCCAUCAC